AUGGCCAUACAAGAGUGGGAGCCACUGAUCGAUCAAAAAGCUGCUGGCUUCGAUGAAGCAGAGAAUCACCAAAGACCGGCUAGGAGGAGACAUGGCCAAGGUUGGCAAUCAAGUGGAUUUUCUGCUCUUCUUUGCAUCUCCGCGCUGUACGGUAUCUACAACUUGUGCGGCAGGAGUUUUUCUCAAACGGGAAACCAAGGGCACUUGUACCCGGACAAGAUACCAACAACCUUCAAUUACACAUGCCUUCCUGGGCAAUCGUGCUGGCCGAGCACGAAUGAUUGGAUCACAUUCAAUCGGAGCAUUCAAGGUCAUUUGAAGGCAACCAUCCCGUGGGCUGCACCAUGCUACUCUGACCCCUCCAGCAAGGAAUGUGAAAAUAUAGCGAAGCAAUACGGUGAUGGAGUCUCACGAACGGCACAAUACGGCUCGAUGGAGUUUCUUGACUGGGAGGCAUGUGGCCAGUCACAGUGUGCACUCAACUCGACCAACCCCUUGACACCUGUCUCUGGCACAUGUUCAUUGGGAAGGCUGUCGACAUACUACAUCGACGUACGAUCACCAGAAGACAUCAGCAAAACACUGCAAUUUGCUCAGAAGCAUCACAUCCGUCUUUCGAUAAAGAAUACCGGUCAUGACUACUUUGGCAGAUCUAGUGUAGCCAACUCACUAGCCCUAUGGACACACAACCUCAAGGAUACGAGAUAUCACAAGACUUUCCAACCAAAGGGAUGCUUAGCACGUUACGAGAACGUUGGCGAAAUCGGUGCUGGAGUACUAGCACAAGAGGCCUGGAGAUUUUUCGAGCCCCUUGGCAUGCUUGUUACCGUAGGUGCUAUCGGCUCCGUUGGCCUUGCCGGAGGUUUCGGGCAAGGAGGUGGCCAUGGCCCAUUGGGUCCGGCCUACGGACUCAUGGUUGAUCAGGCAGUAGAGUUUGAGGUCGUCACAGCCGAUGGACAACAACGCACCAUCAAUGAGUGCAAUGAUCCAGAUCUGUUUUGGGCGAUGCGUGGAGGUGGAGGUGGCAACUACGCUGUGCUCACGUCCUACAAAUUCCAACUCCACCCAUCGGUACCACUCAAUGUCUACAGCUUCCAGGCUCAUUGGCCCAGGCCCAAAGACAUUACAGAGUCAAAGGUUCUCCGUGAUACUGUCAGAGCGCUGGCCUCGAAUCAGACUCUCUUUGCGGAUCACGGUGUUGCGGGCUACAACUUUGUUCAUCCCGAUCACAUAAUUUCGCUACAAAUCCUGCCUUCCAGCGAUACCGAAGCAAUCAAGAAGGUUACAUCGCAAUGGCACGACUUUCUCACCAACCAUCCCCAACUCAAUGCUACAGAGAAUACCUACUACACCUUUGAUACCUUCUCUAAAUGGCACAAAUUCACCGAGACGCCUGAGAUUUCCCGUAACGGUCCCGUCGGUCUUGGACUCAUGGAGGCUGGCCGAUUCAUCCCCCGGGAUCUUUUUGCAUCUUCGAAUGAUAUUGAACAGCUCACCGACGCCGUCCUCACCGCAAUGCAGUUUUCCUACACAAACAAGGGUGGCGGAAGCGUGCAAUUAUAUGCGACGGGCCCGACCAAUCAACCUGACAACAGCAAGACUGGCGUCAACCCAGCUUGGAGGGAUGCACUCUGGGAAGUCAUCAUGGGUGCAGCGUGGACUAGCAAAGACUCGCGACAGGCCAGAACUCUAAUCCAAAACACCGUCUCCGCUUCAAUCCAACCAUUCAAAGCCUUGACACCUGGUGGCGGUUGCUACAUGAAUGAAGGUGAUUGGACUGAAGAAAACUGGCAGCAAACAUUCUUCGGUACAAAUUACGACAAGCUCCUGACAGUGAAGAGGAAAUAUGAUCCUACGGGUCUCUUCAACUGCUGGAAAUGCGUGGGGUGGACAGGCUACGCUGACCCAAUGUACUCUUGUUACACACAGAGUCGGAAAGAGCCGAAUCCGUCGGUGCCUCUUGAUCCCGUCAACUAA